GAAUGAUUCUAUGCGGCUCUAAGUAAAUCCUACGAGCACCAAGAGCUCGAGAAACAUCUGGAGCUCUCUUUCCUUAUUUUUCUUUGAAUUUGACUUGCCAGUGCUUUUCUAAUGAAUUUCCGAAUGUCUACUUAAACUCUGCUUUGCCAAAACUGAACGUAUGCCCGAAAGCCGCAAAUACCAAAGUACCUGACAAGAACAGAAAAGCACGGCAUACCACGCAGCACUUCAACCAAGUCCUCAAACAUCAUACCUCCCAACAUGUCUUCUGAGUCCGACAGCGCCUUUAUCAAAGUCAAAGCUGAAAGCUCCCCAGUACGCCCUACUACUCACGAAGUUUUGGUAGGUCGAUCAAACGUAAGUUUUGUGUUCUUUAUCCUCAAUUCUUGCGACAAAUAUUCCCUCGAUCAUCUUAUGGUCAAUGUAUUCAACUAUUUGGCACGUUGAAAACGCUAUUUGUGAAUCAGUUUCAAUUUCGAUUGCCGUCGUUGCCAAUUCCAGCCAAGCUGGAUUGUCCUUGGAUCGAAAUCUUUCCAGCCUUCCUUCUCAUCACUUUACAUCCUAACAAAAAAUUAUCUUAAAGUUGACACAUUAUACUGUAGACCUCCUCACCUAUAAAGUCAUCGUCAAGCAAUUCUUCAAAGCAUAAGACUGCCACAUCGAAGAAACAGAAAACGGUAGGUAAAAUGACCAAAAUCUCGACCGUUGAUAAGGAUGACGAUGCUUCUGAUGUCGACAAUCCCGGUCAUGAGGAUGAGAUCAGCUCACCAAAGGCCGGCACUACCCAUGGAAAGAUUUCUUCUAAGGCAACUCCUGUCACUAAUGACGAGAAUGGUGGUGAUGAUGAUGAUUUCAAUGGCGAUGAUGAGGAGGAUGCAAAGGAUGUUGAGGAAACAGUUACCAAAAAACCCGCUGCUGCUUUCAAAUCCAAGUCUUCUACCAACAAAAAGCCAGAUACCAAGAUCAUAGAGAAAGCCGGACCAUCAGAGGACGCAACUCCAAAGAUCUCUGAUGUUGUCACCAAAAAGACAGCACCAAUUCCCCAGUCCAAAAAGAGAAGUGCGGCUGCUAUUUCCACGAACGGUGGAGCUCGCAAGAAAGCCAAGUUACCAGCAAAUGCUUACAAUCCUGAUUGUUAUGCCCAAUUGAAUAGGGAAGACAAGUUAUUGUUUGAUCUCAAGACCAAAAAUCCAGAGGCUUCAUGGAAGGAACUCAUUGUUCAGUUUAACCUGGAAAUACAGGGUAAACCUGAACUCAAAACUGAUACGCUCAGAAAGAGAUGGCCCAGAGUCAAAGCUGCAGCGACCGAGAUCGAACAUAUUGAUAUCCAAAAGAUGUGCAUCUCCAAGCAGGAUAUGGAAGUUGAACAAGAGAAUAUGAGAGAUGAGCUUUUGGCGAAAUUUGAGAGAGAGAGAGAGGCUGUGUUGCGAAAAUUCAAAACAGAAAUGUGGACUGAAAUUGCCAAAAACGUCGGCCAAAAUGGUGGUAACGAAUAUGAACCAGCUACUUUGCAAAGAAAGUACGAACUCUAUAAGCGUCAGGGUCGUAUCGAUGACAACGAUAAAUACUUGGCAUGGACUGAGGAGGAUGAGAAUAGGGUGAAUGCAGAAGAGCAAGAUGCCGAGGAAGAAGAAGAAGAGGAAGAAGACGACGAAGAAGAAGACGAAGAGGAUGAAAAAGAAGAAGCCGGCGCCCAAGAGGAUGUAAAUGAUGAAGAUGAGAUCAAAGUCGACAUCAAAGGAGAAGACACCAAUAUGUCUGAAGCCGAGGCUUGAACAAUACUCAGCAUCUCGACCACUAGCACUUGAGAGUGGGUCAUGCUUGAUAAUGGAGAGUUGUUUCAUUAUAGCUACUCACUCAUUUGCGUUACCGUCGCACAGUGCAAUCUUCUCCUCUUCUCCUUCAAUUUGCUUCAGGAUUUUUAUCGUUUCGGAAGUACACGGUUUACGUUGCGUUCUUUCCUUUUUUUCUUUAGAAUGAAUGGGAAUUUUCGUGGGAUUUGCGCCAUUUUUGUGUUGCUUCGAUACGGAUUGCUUUGAUUUGUAUUUGGAUGCGGCGGAUAAUUAUGGGAUCCAGAAUGGAAGAGAGUGAUACAUACUAUGGGUAGACGGAAAACAUUAGCUGUGAUUUAAACUGCGUCAGAUUGCUAUAGCACAAAUGAAUUUGUUCCA